UAGGCUUGCAUCAGCGAGUUCCUAUGCAUAUCCUUCCCAGCUGCAGGCCACGUGUCAUGAUCCUUCAUGUCAUCCGUGGUUCGGCGCAUCUCACACCGCUCCCAUUCCCACACCCCACACCCCACACGGCGCACUGGCCUCUCUCAAACCCGCAUUGGCCUUUCCCAAACCCGCACCGAGACAUCCUUUCGCCAUUGCUGACACCCCACUGCCUCUUUUCAUCUGUGUUCUAUGCUUUUACAAAUCCAAUAGAUAAUCUUUCUAAUUCGCAGCGCUCUUCUCAGUCACCAACACGAUGAUACGCCUCAACAUCCCUUUGUUCGCAUUCACCACCACACUCAUCAUCGCCCUCUUGCCAAACGCUGCAGCCCAAACUUGCAACACUACCAACCUAUGCCCAUCUGCAGCACCUUGCUGUUCAGAGUACGGGUACUGUGGAACAGGCAGCUACUGUUUGGGAGGUUGCGAGCCGCUAUACUCCCACGAAGUCACUUCAUGCCGGCCAAAUCCUAUCUGUACCUCCUUCAAGACAGAAUUUACUGACCUUAGCAGAGUUCAACUGAAUGCAUCUCUAUACGACGGUAAUGCCACAGCGUACGAUUGGGUCGUUAAUACGGGAUCCCUGGUCGCUUCAUCGGAUAAUGAUGGAGCUCGUCUUAUCCUAACCCAGAACAACACUGGCUCCAAGAUAUCUAGUACCCGUUACAUCCACUACGGAACUAUCGACUUUACUUUGCAGACGUCAAAAUGGGCCGGUGUGGUGACAGCAGCAAUCACAAUGUCUGAUGUCAAGGAUGAAAUAGAUUGGGAAUGGCCUGGGUCUAAUACCGAUAUGGUGCAAACAAACUAUUGGUUCUUGGGUGUCGCAAACUACUCGGCGACGGAGGGUGCUUCCAGCUCGGUGUCUUCCGAUACAGCUACCAACUUUCACACCUACACUAUUGACUGGCAAGAGAGUUACAUCAGUUGGAGUAUUGAUGGGUUACUGGUCCGUACAGUCAGGAAGAUAGAUACCAUUUCUGAAGACGGGACACAAUAUAAAUUCCCCUCCACUCCAUCUCGUGUUCAAAUCUCCAUUUGGCCCGCCGGCACGGACGACAAUGCCCAGGGCACUAUCGACUGGGCGGGGGGCUACAUCGAUUGGACAAACAGUGACUACCUGUUCAACGGGUAUUUCUGGAACACCAUCAAGAGUGUCAAUAUCAGCUGCGCAUAUGACACUGCUUCUUCUGGGGCGACGGGUUGGGCUUACUCUGGUAAUGAUACUUCAGGGAUACCGAUUGUGACCAUUACGAAUGCGUCAACUCUGAUCUCUGCCGGAAGGAAGAGGAUUGUAGAAGUUCAGACCAAUAGUCGGGCGAUCGGUGGGGUGGGCCUGCUUGUCAUCAGUGGCUUUGCAUUUUUCGGAGGGGUAGCUCUCUUUUAAUCUUCUAUGUCAGAUGGCAACUGUACAGUUUGAGAAU